AUCUCUCAUUUGGUCAGGUACAAGCUAGCUCAUUUGUUCAGCUCAGGGGCUAUUCAUAAAAAUCUUCCUGCCUUGCCACAAGUAGGCAGUGAGCUUCAUCAGCUGAGUCACUGGGUUCAUAGAAGCCCUAUCCCUGAUGUCCAUGGCUUUCCUGCUCCACUUGGAGAGGCCAUGGCUGCUGUGCUGUGUGUUCUUAGGUUGCCUGAACCUUUUUUGGCCUCCCAAAGCUGAAGCACAAUUCCCUCGGGCUUGUAUGACAGUGGAGAUGCUUCAGUCCAAGCAGUGCUGCCCAGUCUUGGGGUCCGAUCCUGACAACGUGUGUGGUUCAAAGCAAGGCAGGGGUGCUUGCAAAGAUGUGCAGGUGGACACCAAACCCUGGAGUGGCCCCUACACUCUCCGUAACGUGGAUGACCGGGAACGAUGGCCUCUGAAGUUCUUCAACAGAAGUUGUCAGUGCACAGGAAAUUUUGCUGGCUAUAACUGUGGAGAUUGUAAAUUUGGCUGGAAGGGGCUUAACUGCGAUGAAAAGAAGCCCUUGGUUGUCCGGAAGAACAUCCACACGUUGACCGAGGAAGAGCGAGAACAAUUCUUGGAUACUCUAAACCAAGCCAAGACAACUGUCCAUCCAGAAUAUGUGAUUGCUACAGAGCACUGGUUGAGUCUGCUUGGUCCUACUGGAAAUGACCCACAAGUUGCAAAUUGCAGCAUUUAUAAUUUCUAUGUGUGGCUUCACUAUUACUCUGUCCGAGAUACACUCUUAGGACCAGGCCGUCCCUUCACAGCAAUAGAUUUCUCCCAUCAAGGACCUGCCUUUGUUUCUUGGCACAGGUAUCAUUUGCUGCUAUUGGAAAGAGACUUGCAGCGGAUGAUUGGCAAUGAGUCCUUCGCAUUGCCUUAUUGGAAUUUUGCAACAGGCAGAAACGAGUGUGAUGUGUGCACUGACCAACUUUUUGGAGCAUCAAGAACAGACAACCCAAGCCUCAUAAGUCAAAAUUCAAGAUUUUCACAAUGGGAGAUAGUUUGCAACAGUUUGGAUGAUUAUAACCGACGUGUGAAACUAUGUAAUGGAACCAAUGAAGGUCUUCUACAGAGGAGCCCAUUUAGCAAACCUGGCGAUCAGCUACCAACCAUGGAAGAUGUUCAGAAGUGUCUCUCUCUUCAAAAUUUUGAUAAGGCUCCUUUCUUUCGGAAUUCUACUUCUAGUUUUAGGAAUGCUUUGGAAGGUUUUGAGAAACCAGAUGGGACCUUGGACAUUCCAGUCAUGAGUCUCCACAACUUGGUUCACUCUGUUCUGAAUGGAACUGGUGCUCUCCCUCACUCUGCAGUAAAUGAUCCUGUUUUUGUGGUCCUCCAUUCCUUUACUGAUGCAAUUUUUGACGAAUGGAUGAAACGAUUUCGCCCAGCUGAGUCUGCAUGGCCUCAGGAGUUAGCUCCUAUUGGUCACAACCAGCUGUUCAAUAUGGUACCUUUCUUCCCUCCCAUCACCAAUGAGGAAAUGUUUCUCCCUGCAGAAGAUUUUGGCUACAGCUAUGCUAUUGAACUGCCAGAUCCAUCUGAAGAAGCCCAUGCUUGGGUACUUAUGGCUGGAUCCACCAUCGGGGGAUCUCUAAUAGCUUUAAUUGUGUUGGUCCUACUUCUCGUCCUGUUUCAGCACAGGAGGCACAGGAAGGGAUUUGAGCCUCUAAUGAAUGCAAGGUUCAAUAACAAAAAAUACACCGAAGAUCCUUAAAGAGGGUAGUGUUUUCCAUGGUCUAUCGCCAAGAAUCAACCUUGAGUCAGAAGUUGACUAAUAUAAUAAUAAUAAUAAUAAUAAUAAUAAUAAUAAUAAUAAUAAUAAUAAUAGUAAUAAUAAUAAUAAUAAAUCAGUUCUUGGGCAGCUGCAUUACAUUGACUGUUGCUAUUUUAGUACUGGGAAUUCCCUUGAAAGUUUAGUGCUGUGCAGACAUUUUGUGAUGCCAUAGGUGGACAUCAAAGGUGCUAAGAUUUGACCUACACAUUUAGAACACACUCUGUCAUAAACCACACACAAUAUUUUAGAUCAGAAUCAGCCAACUUUGAAAAAUCCAUGGGUUAGUUAUCUAACCCCGAAUCCUAUCAUGGACUAUAGUACUAUCCUGCCCAAACCUAUAUAGACACCAUGUUCUAAUUUCAAAACUCCCGUCUUUUUCAAUCCUUUAAAGCAGCAAUUCCCAAACUUUGGUCCUCUGGGUUUUUUGGAUUUCCACUCCCAGAUGUCCUAGCUGACUUGGUCGACAAUCAGGAAUUGUAGGAACUGAAAAACAUCUAGAGUACCAAGGUUUAGGAAACACCCCUGUAAGGCAAAGCAAGGUAGAUAGGUACAUGACCUUCUUUCACAGAAGAAUUACACUAUUUUAACACAAUAAUGGAUUUAGCGUGUGAUAGGAUUCUACAGAAAUGGAACAGGCUGUAAUUCAUCCAUCUGUGAUUUAGAUCCAUAACAAUGGAAGGCAAUAAUAAUAGGGGAAAACACAGUUUUUAUUCCAUGCUCUCUUCCUGUUAUUGCCCUUUCAGUAUUUAUUUAGCACAGUGUGCUAACUGUUGGACAGGACAUGUCCCCAGUGCUUAAACAACCACUUCCUUGGGUAUAAUUGUAAUCAGUGCAACUCCUUUUCUCUACAUUUAGCCAACUCAGAGUAUUGAUUAUGUUGUGUUUUACCAGACUCGUUUUCCUUGUACACAAAUAAUGAUCCACAAAUUCUUUGUGCAGUAGUGCAUUUUGAUACAUGUUUGUAGAAACAUGGCUACUGAACAAGUUGCCACUGGUGUUGUUAGUUUCAAUAGCACCAAGCAUUUGUUGGAAGGCAAGAGAGGGCGAUUCCAGACAGACUGUUGCUAUUUUAGUACUGGUUUUAAAUGGAGAACAAAAAAACUCAGGACCUGAUAACAUGUUUCCACACAGACCUGUGGGUCCUGGGAUUUCUUCCCUUGCCAUUCUCACAGGCAUCCUCUGUAUCGGAACAAGAUGGAGGGCAGACAGGGGGACAACUGGCAGAAGGUCUUUUUAAAUCACUCUGUUAUGUACUGGACCGUAUAUGCACACAUGUAAAUAUCUUAAUAUGAAUAAACACAGAUUUGCAUGUGCACAUAUGAGGUUCUGCCCAUAAUGGAGGGAAUUAAAAAAAAACUUCUGCCGGGGUUUCUCUGUUCCCCAAUUGUUUAUUCAAGUUCUAUUGAAUAUUGACAGUUCUAAUUGCUCUCAAUUUGUGCUUCCUUUAAACCAGCUGUGUGUCCAUUUCACAGACCAAUCAGCUGAUCAGCUGUUUCAGGCUUUUAAAAAGCAGACAUGUGUUUGAGCAGUCUCCACAGGAGGAGGGAAGGAAAUCACAUGUUUUUCAUGAGUGCAGGGAUACACAGUGAAACGAAUAUGCAUAUUUCUGGCUGGAGUCAGGAUAAAAGGGGACCCUUUUACCUUGUGUUUUUUGUCUGUUGCAGGUAAUCAGCAUGAAUUUACUGCUAGAGUCUUAUAGCCACCUCCCUUUUAACUUGUGAAAUCCUGUGUUUUAGAUGCUGUAUAGAUGGGCCCUCAGUAAGUCUUUCCCCUCUUACUCCUCUCUGCAAGUUAUUAUUGGGGUUGUUGUAUGUAUUCUGGGCUGUAUGGCCAUGUUCCAGAAGUAUUCUCUCCUGAUGUUUCGCCCACAUCUAUGGCAGGUAUCCUCAGAGGUUGCGAGCCCGGAAUACAUACAACAACCCUGUGUUCCCGGCCAUGAAAGCCUUCGACAACACAAGUUAUUAUUGCUUUACUAUUUACUGAAUAUUGCAUGGUUCCUGGAUCCCACUUCUAUGAGUCGGAAGCUAUUAACCAGUUCUUCAAAGCCUCUCAAUCCCUAACACUUUAUCUUUAUACAAAAAAGGGCGAGAUUUUCAAGCAAUUUAUGUUCUCAAAAAGCACAGAAAGACCCUCAAAAUACAUGAAGACAUGCAAAAAUACUCUCAAAUUACUGCAAAUCCCUGCUACCUCCAAAUGCCUUAGGUAUUCACACCUAAAUGUCUCUGUUUCCUUAUACGGUCCCUCUUGAAAUGGUGACUGAAUUGACACAAUGUUUUAUCUUAUUACCAUUUUGGGGGCUGGGGGAGGGAGAGGAAAAAAUUAGAAAUAUUUGGCAUAUUCUCCCUCUUCCUCUCUCUAUCCCCUCCUCUUUGCACAGGGGAGUAUAAGGGAGGAAAUUGCCCUUGGCUCAUAAGCAAUGGUCUUUUCCAUACUAUACUAUACUACAUCAUACACUCUCAUAGAUCAUACAUGAAGGCUAACCCUCACAAAUAUCAUUCAGGAGAUAUAAUUGUACCCAACACAGGUGCAGCUCCAGAUGGUAGAUCCCCCCCCUUACAUGUUGUAUCGAUGGGGAACAUUCCAUACCUUUGUAGAGAUAGGACUCAGUAUGGACAUGCAGUGUCCACCUAUGGCAGGGUGCUUUCAUGUGCAGCUAAUCAUUGCUUGGUAGUGAAAUUGUUUUGUGAAAAUUUGGGCCAAAAUCAACUAGACCACUCCUAUUGAAAACACUGGGCCUUACAUAAGGGGCAACAUAAUAAUUCCAAUUUAUUUCAGUGGGCCUUCUCUAGUUGGAGAUGACAAAUUUGUGUAUCCCAGUGUUAUUUGUUGCAUGCAUUCAUGUACAUGUUGUAAAGUAUGCUGUGAUUUCUGAAUUAAAUCCUUAUCUAACAGA